AAAAAAGAGAAAAAGAGAUCCUUAUGAGGAUCCUAAAAAAGCUGGGAAACUAACUAGGCAUGGUAGAGAGAUGCAUUGUAGUAUUUGUAAGUUAAAAGGGCACACAAAAAAGAAGUGCAAAAGCAUCCCUGAACAACUCUCACAAGCCAUUACUAAGAGACCUAGAGGGAGGCCAAGAAAGAUGAAUAUUGAUGAUCAAGUUUCAAAUACAAAUCACCAUUCAGUUGUGGCCCAACCUUCUAAUAGAGGUAGGGGUGGGAAUAGGCAAAGAAGGGGAAGAGGAAUACAAGCGGUUGAAGGCAGAAACAAAGUGAGAGGGAGCACAUAUGUAAGCUAUUUAAUUUAUCUAAAUCAUUUUAAAAUUUUAUUUAAUCUUAAAACUAAAUACAUGCAGAUUCCAGCUGGAUUUGGCAUUUACUAUAACUCUGCAGAUGGAAAUCAGUAUAUUAAUACAAUGACUAAUCCCAUGAAUGUAUCUGAAGUGUCCUUCCCUGAGAGCCUGUCACCUCUGUCGAGACAAAAUGAAAGCAUUAAUGCUUCUACGGGCGCAACCGCGCAACUGGAACAUGAAGGCAGUGUUUUGAUAUUGUGGAUCAUGUAGUAGUUCUUUUUUGUGUACUUUGGUUAGAAAAUUGCUGGUUUUGCAGAUAUUGACCAUUUCUAACUAUAUUUUUUGGAGUAUGUUAUUGGAUGAAUGAAUUCUUGGAUGAUGUUUAUAUUAUUUGGCCUUUUGGGGAUGGACUGCAGUUUGUAUUGCUGUUAUUAUUGUAUGAAAGAAUUCUUGGAUGAUGUUUAUAUAUUUUGGAAUGAAUAUGGAAUUCAGUUUAUA